AUGGAUACUAAUCGGGACUUACAAAUUCUUGCCCAACAAGACAACUUGCAGUUACAAGAUAGGGAAAAUGAAGUUAUCCAGGCACUUAUGGCGCUAGAUCCCAUCAUCGCUGAUGGUUUUCGCCGAGACUUACACCAAUAUAUCAAUGACGAGAAUCUCAGGAUGGCGGGUCAUCGAGAACGGAUUGCACAUGUCAUAUGGGUAUUUGGCUUUCUUCCUCUUCCAGUGGUGAACUACGGUCUCCUCUGGCGGAGAAACCGCCCCCGCAGUUUUUGGCAUGCGAUAUCUGCAACAGUAUUAUCAGCGAUUUCCAUUUGCGUGAAGUGCCUUCGGUGGCUAUUAUACUUUUUAACUAUAGGCCAUUAUGUGUGGGGUGUCAUUAAGUCCUCUCUUAUGUUUGCGUGUGCCGCUACGUUUUCAGAUAAUUCACUUUGGGAUCUCUACACCUAUGCCAUGAGAGGAUUUCCACUCCUUUUGCAUAGACAUACAAUGAUGUAUGGUGGAGAAGCAUUGAGGACAGAUUCUGUAUCCAACUUCAUAGUCGACAACCUCGCCAACAAACUUCGAACAACUUGUAUGAGUAUUCAUCUGGCUAACGAGACUAUCAGAACUUGUUCAUUGCAUAACGAAACAUUGAUAUACCGUUUUUCUGAAGCAUUUGAAAAAACCAGCACAGUUCAAAAAUUUCCUCCUUGGGUCGUGACUAUUCUCACGGUGUUCACUUACACACUGUACGUAACUCUUGCGCAGGUGUUGGGAUUUAAUAUUGUCCUCUUUUAUCUUUUACAAACAGGAUAUAGGAUGCAAAAUCCCCUCACAAUUUUAACCCGCUUGGUUGUAUCGGGUUGGAAAGGAUUACAAGAAUACGUUUUAUGA